ACAACACCCAUCACAGAUGUGGAACUACCUGGCAGUCACAGCACAGAGGGAAUCACCAGCUCACAAGUGCAAGAACCUGGAUGUCAACUGGCCGAAGCCUAAAGUCCUGACAAAGCACCACGAGAACAGGGAGCUCGGGGUGCAAGAACCUGGACACAAAUUAGCUCGAGCCAAAAGUCCUGUGACUUGA